AUGGCCGACACGCCCAUCAAGACAGACGACGGGGCGGCUGUUGCUGCUCGAAAGUCUUCGGGCUACAAGUCGUGGAAGAAGAAGUAUCGCAAGAUGCGCAUCGCGUUUGAGCAGCGCAUGCACGAUGGAGACGAGAUUUUCAAGCAAGAGGCCAAGGCGAUAGCCACGGUCAAGCGACUAGCAGUUGAGAAUGACCGCCUUCUGGGCUUGCUCCUCGACAUCAACAACUGUCCCCAGAUCCCAUUGGAGAGGCGCAUCAACCUCCGACUUUCCGAUGCAUCAUCAUCGUCACCAUCCCCCGACAGUGGCAAUAACGACCUCGAUGAUCUCGAACGCGAACUGGCGAACCAAGAAGCCGACAUCAAGAAGCUGUCCGACUUGCUCGUCGACGUGCCACACAUGACGUACAGUGCCACUCGCGAUGCCAUGCCCGACCUGUGCGCCGAGCUCGACAAUGCCGCCGACGAGACGUAUCCCGCGCAUUUCCUGUCUCCCGACGACGUCGACAACUACCUCCACGUCGUCGACACCCGCCUAGACCCGGACACGCACAUCCCCACGCUCGCGCCCCUCGCCCACCCCAACGACCACCCCCCCUUGCACCCCUUGCUGCGCAACCCCAACAGCUCCACCAGCUGGCUCCGCCGACACGCUCCCCAGAUCUUCCUCCAGGGACACGAGAGCGUCGGCGGUGGUGCCGGCGCCGCCGACGCCAACGACAACAAUGACGAUGAGGGUGCCAGCACCGUCGGCGGCGGCCCCGGAGGAGCAGCGGGGCUGGGAGCGUCACGCAAGGCCCGUGGCGGCGCGCGCGAUCGCACAAAGGCCGGCAACAAGGACUCGUCCGCCGCCGCCCGAGGAAAGCGUGGCGGUGCAGCCGCUGCUGCCGCCGCUGCCGCCGGUGAUGUUGCCAGCGUCGUAGGUGACGACACCACGACCGAAGCAAACGUCACCCCGGCGCCCAAGAGCAAGCGCAAGCGCGACGAAGACCCCGGGUACCGACCCAAGGGUGGAUCGAACAGCCGUCCCAGCAAGAAGAAGCGCAAGAGCGAGGCCGUCAGCGGCGCCGAGGGUACACCUACGGUCAAGAGGGCCAAGAAGGCUUCGGCUGCUGCUGCUGCGUCGAAUGGUGACGACACGGUGCCAUGA